GCUUGAACUCAGGGCCACAAGUCAAUAUAAUAAAAAAAAAUAAUGUCACAGCUAUUUUACCAACAAAAUUGAUACACUAAAAACCCAUUCAGUCUCCAGAACUAAAAGAAAACCAACUUGGAAAAAGGACGGUUUUACAAUUUCCUGAAAAUGGGCAAUGAAACUAAAGUUGAAUUAGAUAAAUCAGCUAAUGGGGAUGUUGAGAGUAAAAAGAAAAAAAAAAGUAAAAAGCAUAAAAAACAUAAAAGAGAAUCAAAUGAUAAGGAAGAAAAAACCCAUAAGAAAAAAAAGAAAUCCAAAAAGGACAAGUUCGAAAAUCCAAAAGUAGAAAGUGAAACAUCUCUAUCUGAUGUUGAAGAACUAAUUAAAAAAUCUAAGACUUGUAACAAACCAGUAAAAAAUGAUUCUUCACUAGACACUCCUUUAAUGGAUAGUAUAAAAACUUCUAAACCUAAAAAUGGUAACACAGCCAUGACAAAAUCACGUAGCAGUAGCAGAAAUGACUUCACACAAAAGAAGGAUGAUACUUUAGAAAUUAUAUCAUCCAAUUCCGAAGCAGAGAAUUAUCAGGAGGACUGUGCAAGUCCUGAGCUAGAUGUAGAAGACGAUUUGGACCUUGAAGAAUUGAUGAAACAAAAAGAACUGUUGCAAGCUCGUCUAGUUGCUUACUAUUCUGAUAAAAGUGAUGACGAAAAAGUAUAUAAAAGAUCUUCUAAUGAAGUUAUUUGCCUUAAUGAUGACGAAAUGAAAUCUCCUAUUACUAAAAAGGAUAAAAAAAAUGAUUUGGAAUUCAAAAAAAGCAGUAAACACAAGCACAUUAAAGAAAAAUCUUUCAGACGACAAGAGGAUUUAAGAGAAAUUAUUAAUAGAGAAAGUAGAAAAGAAAUGGAGAAGAGGUUUGAAGAAAAAGAGUAUCGUGAACGCAAAGAACGUGAACGUCGAAAGGCAGAAAAAGAGAGAGAGCGUGAGCGUGAAAAAGAACGUGAGCGUGAAAGAGAGCGUGAGCGAGAAAGAGAUCGUGAUCGUGAAAAAGAAAGAAAGAGGCAACGAGAGCGUGACAAAGAACGCGAUAGAGAACGUGAAAAAAAACGUGAGAGGAUGCGUGUCAAAGAGCGUGACAGAGACAGGGAUCGCGAUAGAGAUCGUCGAUCUUCAGAACAAAAACUACCUGAUAGGCAUACAGUUCGCAGUCGACGAUCACGGGAUAGAUCUCCAGUUGCACGCCGCGAUAGGAGAUUCUCAGAUCGCGAUCGCAGGUCACGUGAACGUAGUAGAGAUAGAACUAAAGGUCUUUCGCGCGACAGAGAUAAAUAUUCUAGAUCGGAAAACAGAGAAAGAAAUAUAAACACAUCAAAUGAAGUAGCUCAAAUAGUGCCUAGCUCUAGCGAUGAAGAAUUAGACAUAUCUAUCAACACUGAUGAUGAGGAAGAAACUGAAGAACAGAUCAUUGAAAGAAGAAGGAAACAGCGGGAACUACUACUGAAGAGAUUGGAAUGCAUUAACAGCGAUUCUGCAACAGACAAAAAUCAAGCCGCAACUGAAGCCAAACAAGCUAAAGUCCACACUACUUCUGACAUUAAGGUGUCUACUGAAAUAAAAUGUAUCAGUUUAGAGUCUAAAUCAAGUCUGCUAUCUGCUGACAUAAAGAACGAAAAGAGCAGUGAUAUAAUAAAAAACACUGAGAAUGAAUCCAAAACAUCUGAUAGAUCGGAGAAACCUCUCCGAAGCAGUGAAUGGGACAUGUUUGCAGACCAGGACAAUUUUGACAGUGUUGAUACUCCAAAUGCUGGAAAAUUGCGAAGUAAAAAUGCUUUAGAAAACCCAUCUCUUACAGAUAACUGGGACGAUGCAGAAGGCUAUUACAGGGUCCGAAUAGGUGAAAUACUAGACAACAGGUAUGCUGUGUAUGGUUACACAGGGCAGGGUGUCUUUUCAAACGUAAUACGAGCUCGAGAUCAGGCUCGCGGAAACACAGAUGUUGCUGUCAAAAUCAUUAGAAAUAAUGAAAUUAUGCAUAAAACUGGAUUGAGGGAAUUAGAAAUCCUUAAGCGAUUGAACGACUCCGACCCUGAAGACAAAUUCCAUUGCUUGCGACUCUUCCGGCACUUCUUUCAUAAACGCCAUCUUUGUAUGGUAUUGGAACCACUUUCUAUGAACUUGAGGGAAGUGCUCAAAAAGUAUGGCAAAAACAGUGGGAUUCAUAUAAAAGCUGUGAGAAGUUACACGCAGCAAAUGUUGUUGGCUUUAAAGUUGUUGAAGAAGACUGGAAUCUUACAUGCAGAUAUAAAACCGGAUAAUAUUCUGGUAAAUGAAAGCAAAUUGAUGUUGAAAUUGUGUGAUUUUGGUGCUGCAUCACAUAUAACUGAUAACGAGAUAACACCAUACCUUGUGUCGAGAUUCUACAGAGCUCCAGAAAUUAUUCUCGGCGUGCCAUAUGACCAUGGUAUUGAUAUGUGGUCCACUGCCUGUACUAUAUAUGAACUGUCGACAGGCAAAAUUAUGUUCGUCGGAAAAUCUAAUAAUGAGAUGUUAAAAUAUGUUAUGGAUCUAAAGGGGAAAUUGCCUAAUAAGAUAGUCAAGAAGGGGCUUUUUAAAGAACAACAUUUUGACAGCAACUGCAACUUUCUGUACCAUGAAUUGGACAGAGUUACAGAAAGGGAGAAAGUUGUCAUAAUGUCGAGCAUAAAGCCUACACGCGAUCUACAAUCGGAGUUAGCUCCUCCACACCACCGACUGCCUGCGCCAGAGGCUAAGAAGAUAACUCAACUUAAGGACUUACUCGAGAGGAUGCUCAUGUUGGAUCCUUCAAAACGAGCAUCCGUCAAUCAUUGCCUUACCCACGCUUUCAUCCAGGAAAAAAUAUAACAACAAGCAUGUAAUUUCGAUAAUCUGGCACGUUCGUUACCUGUAAUACAGUGACGUAGCUACCGAGGGGUCAGGCGGUGCAAUGACUUAAGAAAAUCUUAACUUUCAAAAAUUUCUCCCGUUUUCAAAAUGAAUAUGACAGGUUGCAACCCGACUUCAAUCAUGGCAACUAAAUUAGACCUUAUAAGCUUUUAUUUCGUUUAUCAUCAAGUAUUCUGCAUUGUUCAGAUAUAUAAAAGAAUUCAUAUUUAUACCUUAUAAAACAUAACCAGUUGAAAUAGUAGUAUGGCCCCAUUUUUUCAUUUGCACCAGGGCCCUUGGUCACCUAGCUACGCCACUACUGUAAUACAAAAUAUUUACUAACAAUUGAAGAUGUGCUACAUAACACUUUAGAUUAGAGACUUUGGUUUACAGUGUAACUGUUGUGAUUACAAGUAAAAGAUUAAAGAGGCUUAACCGAUUUAGAUGAAUUUCGGUUAGUUUGGAUUGGUAGACAAAUUUACCUUCGCAUUUAUAGUAUCAGUAUGAAUUUUCUUUUUUUCUAGCAAACUUAAAAUAGUAUCAAAUUUCUCAGUUUCUAAGUAAUUUUAGCUUAGUAUUUGCAGAUUACUGUACAGAUUACUAAACUUGAUUCGUUCUGUAAUUUUUGAUAUAUAUUUUUUUGUCAAAUCAUUCGUCUGUCAUUUUGUCGUGCUUUAUUUGCUACUUUUAGCGUGUAAAAUAAACGGGGGUAGCCAGUUAUUGGAAGAUAAAGCAACAUAGGUAUGAUGUGACUACGAUGUGAUUGCACAAUAACAUACAAAGACUCCUUAGGUAGUAGUAUUGUAUCAAUUUGCUACAAGGUGACAGUGCAACGCAUUUCUGCAGUGUACAUAUAUUCAUAAUUCUCAGAAUUAAUGCAUGGAUGAAAGGUGAAAUUUUUUCAUGAAAAUUAAGAAGAUAAAUGAGAUAAAUUAUUUUGUUUAGCAAAACUUUACCAUUUCAUUACAAUACCUAACGUUCAUGUAAAUUUUCACCCUUGAAAUCAAUGGGGUAAAUUCAGUUUUUUGGCUAUAAUGAAAAUGUAAUAAUUUAAACUCCAUUCUCUCCUUAUUUUAAUGUAAUAUUUAUUCGCGGGGAGAGUGAUGUUUUUAAAUGGUUUAAAUUUUAUCAUUAUUUUUUAUUGAAUUCAUGUAAGUAUUAAUGCUUAAAUGAAUGAAGUAGUACAAGUCGCAUGACGGUUUAUGAAAGCUUCGUGAAAGUAGAUGGCGCAGAACUAAGCCUACAAAGAGACUUGGAGCUUUCCCUCCACUAUGGCGAGCGCUCAUAAAUCGUUAACACACCCACCAAGCUGCUUUAAUGCGGGUUGGUGGGCUUAUAAUAAAUACAAAUGUAAUUUUAAUUCCAAUUUAUUUUAACUUGAUGACUAUUUACAUUGUUAAUGUUUGGACACUCAUUUUAAAAUUCUUACAGGCAUGAAUUAUCAAUUCCACAAUUCAAAACAUUUUAUUUCAUGUAUUAGUGCCGGAUUAUUGAAGUUCACUUAUAUUUUUAUAUUUUUUAAUGUCUAGAUAAUAAAAACCUGGCGACUCGAA